GACUUCUAUACAACCAGAGGAGUCGCCCCCUGGUGGACAGUAGAGAGAAUGCAGCUUUGAGACAAGAAGCUCUGGAUUCACUCUUUCAUUCAUGUCCAUUGGUUCUUUGAUUUAUUUGUCAUUGUGCGCAUGUUUGCAUGCUAACGUUAGCAAUUAACUCCAAGGUCCAGCCUGACAGAGCUGCUCUACACUCUUUAGUCUUGAUGGCUUCUUUCAUUCCUCAACAAGUGUGUGUGUGUGUGUGUGUGUGUGUGUUCGUCUGAUUUUGAUGACAGCCAAACACCAGAAAACACAACCCUCAGCAUCCUCCGGUUUAGAAAAGCUCCCGCUGUUGUUUGCACGUGACGGUUGUUUUUGAGUAAAGCAGCUGAGAGGGAAUUAAAGGUUUUACUACCACGCAAAAUAAAACAGCUGACUGCAUCUUUAGCUCUAGAUCUUCAGUCUUGCUCGUCUCUGACUGUUGGACAAUUAUACAAGAGGAUAUAUAUCACACUAUCUACACAACAAAGAGCUGUAAUAUAUCUUGUUUUCAUAGAGAUUCAUGAACCUUAAAGUCGCUGGAGAAACGCUGUAUACUCAGAUCCUCUCUCCUGCCCUGCAGCAGGCACGAGGAGGGUAAUUUAAGGCCCUCAGCUCCUCACAUAAAUUACAUUACCUGCUAGAUUACAGCAAUUUUCCAGCUGUUUGCCUCCUCUGACCUUCAUAACUGAUAUCACCUCCCUAAAGUCUUCAGGAGAGACGGCUCCGUGUUCAAUCCGAGCUCUCAUUCUUGACCCCGUGCUCCCCACUCUUGCUGUUAAUAAUGAUCGCCAUGAUUUGUAUUCGCGUAGCGCCGUUCCUCGACCCGCAGCGCAUUACAAUGGAAGGAAUAAAACAGCUUUUCAAUCAUCCGUCUGACAGCAGAAUACAGUACGUCUACUGUCGUCUCACUGCCUCAGCGCGGAGAUCAAAGCUUAGCGGCCUCUGCAAACGCAGAUUCAAGAUUUAGUUCGAUGAUUUUAAACUACAGAGCAUUAGGUCAUUUAUGAUUUGAGCAUCAGAAGUGUUUAUCAUGGUUGUGAUGUUUGGAUGGAGACCCUGAACGUAGCUCCAACAAGGCUGCUUUAAGUGGAAGUAUUGAAAUACAACAAAGGUUAUUUUAGAAGUCUGUAUGUUAAUGAAGAGAAAGCACAGAAGCACUAAUCAGACCUAUAGAUGAGAAGAAAUGUGUCGUUACACACACCAAUAAGAUGGAUGACCUAAACAGAUAUCUGGUUAAAUAAAGGUUAAAAAAAGAAGAUAUUUAGAGCUCAUAAAUGUUCUCAUAAUCAAUUAAUUUAUCGAUCAUUUCCCGGCAAAAAAAACAAAGAAAAGCGUCACAUUUUAUAAGCUGCAAACGGAGAAGGUUGGUGAAAUCUUUCCUUGUUAUUUAUAGACCGACUAAUUGAUUAAUUGACGCCUCAUUCCACCACUCGUUAGUCGCGACGCCGUAAACUUUAAGCUAUAAAGUGAGGCUCCCGUAUCAGAUCCUGGAGGAGGUUCGUAUAAUUGACCAGCCGUAUGAACGCGUGUCGACCCAGGCGGUUCCCGUCUGAGUGGAGAGCCUCUUAAGGAGACGUCGUGUGUUUAUAAACUGAUGCUGUAAUCCAAGUCUCCCUCUGUGGAGCAUCAGGCUUAAGACACAGUGUGACAGGAUCGGAUGGGUUGAACCAUCUGCUGCCUUUUAUUAGAGAAGGAAAGCAACAUUUUACCUUGUUGACGCAGUUACUCUGUUUUAAGAGUCCUGAACUCAUCAGUAGAAGUUAAAACAGUGAACAGAGUUUGGAUUGUUUAGCACAGGAGGAGAGGAGAGACGACUGAGAGGCAAAGUGAGCUGUGGAGGAAUAAAGAGGAUGUGACUGAAAGAAGGAAAAGAAAAGCAGUUUCUUCUGCUUCUUUUUCCGUGCGGCAGCUUUUAUUUUUCUCCCCAGCUCAUCACUUUCCCUCUGCUGCAUCAUCCAUCCAGCUCUGUGAGGGGUUCACAUGGCCGGACGAGAGUCGGAGGAGAGACAGCAGCGCUGCGUGAGGGUCUCGGGGGGUUGAUUUGAAGUUGAAGGAAAAGGAGGGAGGAUGGGAGGAUGUUUGUCGGGCAACCAGAGCCGGAUGAGUUGGAUUUUCUAGCAUUGGCUCACUUUUGCCGUGUCAGUUUGAUUUACUCACUAAAAUACCUCUGAGCAGUGUAAAUAGAAAUGCUGCUGUGUUCAUCUUCAGUAGGCCGCUUGUGUUCCUCCACCUGUCACUGUCAAGCUUCACUCGUGGAGGUUAAAAUGCAAAUUGUGCCCAGCUGAAACCAAACCUCCACCUGUGAAAUAUAAAACAAAAAGCAAAGACAACAUCGUACUUUUAUUUUGUAUUGUUGAUGAAUCUGAGCAGCUCCUCCAUCUCCUCCCUUCUGUCUGUUUAUGCAGAAAAAGAGCCGAGAGGAGAGCUGUGGCGAGGGCAGCGGGGUGGAGAUCCUGGAGAACAAGCCUUACGAGGACGGACCCGGAGGAUCGGGUCAGUACACGCACAAGGUCUACCACAUCGGCAAACACAUCCCGUCCUGGUUCUGUGCCAUUCUGCCUCAAGCUGCCCUCCGCGUGGAGGAGGAGUCCUGGAACGCCUACCCCUACACCCGGACCCGGUAUACCUGUCCCUUUGUAGAGAAGUUCUCCAUAGACAUCGAGACGUAUUAUAAACCAGAUACUGGAAACCAAGUGGACGUCUUCAACAUGUCUUCUGCUGAAAAGAGACAGAGGACUGUGGGUAAGUCACACCCACUGCCUACCGUUGUGAAAACGCACAUAUUUAAUCGUAAGCAGGAUCAGGAGUCACGUCGUCUCAGUGUGAUGUGCGGUGAGAAUGCAGACAGUGUGAUGUGGAGGGAGGCAGAACGAGGCAGACUUCGUGUCGAGCCUCUGAAUACUUAAAAUUCACCGGGGGUGCAGCAGAAAUGUGCAGACACGCUCCCCACAGGGAGUUAUUACAUAAAACUCUCACACACCUUUUCC